GGGUACCCAACAAAAUGAGCGCUUCUCCUUCCUCAAAUUUUUCAUCUGAAGCUGCAAACAGUCUUCAUGAGGAUCAGGAACAAUCUCAAUUACAGCUGGAACAAGUAAUAUCAAUAGAGGAAGAAGAAGAAGAAAAAGAAAAAAAGUACAACAAAUGGCUCGGAUGGGGUUCCCUUGUCAUCAUAAAUGUUUUCUGCGUUUUUGUUAUUGUGGUCUUUCGGGAGAAAGACUUAAGAGUUAUCAUUAAGGGCAAUAGAAUUUUUCUUUCUAUUUUAACGGUGCUAAUUUUUAUCGCAGGUUUUGAUUUUGUAGUAUUCGUUAUACUCUCCAGCUAUAGGUGGCCCAAAUAUAGAGAUAUCCUUGCCUUGACAAGCAAGCCACUUUUGUAUAGUGGAGUAGGAUCCUGCAUAUUGUAUUACCUUUUAUUUUACCCGUUUUAUGACAGUCAGAUGAAUUGAA